AUGUCUCGGCAGUCUGUCUGCAGAAGCUUUGGAGGAGGCAGCAGAAGGGGCUACAGCUCUUGCUCUGCCGUUGGUGGUGGCUUUGGAGGAAGUGGGGGCAGAAGCAGGAUCAGCUACAGCUCCUUCUCCACAUCCCGGGGAACUGGAGGCGGCGGACGCUGUGGAGGUUUUAGCAGCAGGAGCCUCCAUAACAUGGGUGGCAGCGGAAGGAUUUCCAUGGGUGGCUCUUAUGGCGGUGGAUACGGAUGUAGAAUUGUUGGUCUCAGUGGAGGCUAUGGAGGAGGAUUUGGCAGCAUUGGAGGAGGUGUAAUUGGUGGAGGAGUAGGCAGCUUUGGUGGCCCUGUGAGAGGUGGCCCUGGGUUCCCUGGAGGCAUCCAACCAGUGCAGGUUGACCCAACCCUCCUGCGGCCGGUCCAUGUUGACAUUGACCCUCAGAUCCAACAAGUGAAGUGCCAGGAGAAGGAGCAGAUCAAGACCCUUAACAACCAGUUUGCCUCCUUCAUUGACAAGGUGCGCUUCCUGGAGCAGCAGAACAAGGUUCUCUCCACCAAGUGGGAGCUCCUGCAGCAGCAAGGGCCCUCGGGACCCAGGAAGAACCUGGACGUCAUCUUUGAGAAUUACAUCCAGAACCUGAGGAGGAGGUUGGAGUCUCUCUUGGGACAGAGGGGAGAGCUGGAAUCCGAACUGCAGAACAUGCGCCAAUAUGUUGAGGAGUACAAAACCAAGUACGAGGAAGAGAUCAACAGGCGCACCGCUGCUGAGAAUGAAUUUGUGGUGCUGAAGAAGGAUGUAGACUGUGCCUACAUGACCAAGGUGGAGUUGGAAGCCAAGGUGGGAGCCCUGACUGAUGAGAUCAGCUUCCUCAGGUGCAUCUAUGAAGAGGAACUGUCUCAGAUGCAGACAAUCAGCCGGGACUUGUCCGUGGUGGUGUCUAUGGACAACAACCGGCAUCUGGACAUGGACAGCAUCAUCGAGGAAGUCAGACGCCAGUACGAGCAGAUUGCCCAGAACAGCCGGGCAGAAGCUGAGGCUUGGUACCAGAGCCGGUACGAGGAGCUGCAGAGCACUGCUGGAAGGCACGGGGACAGCCUGCGCAACACCAAGAUUGAGAUCCAGGAGCUGACCAGGAAUGUCCAGCGGCUGCGAACUGAAAUUGAGAAUGUGAAGAAGCAGAACCAGCAGCUGCAGGCAGCUAUUGCUGAGGCUGAGGAGCGGGGUGAGAUGGCCCUGAAGGAUGCCAGGAGGAAACUGGAGGAGCUGGAAUGUGCUCUGAGCAAGGACAAGGAGGAGCUGGCUCGCCUGCUGAAGGAGUACCAGGAGCUGCUGAACAUCAAGAUUGCCCUGGAUGUGGAGAUUGCCAUGUACAGGAAGCUGCUGGAGGGAGAGGAGAACAGGCUCUGCGGAGACAACCCAUCCAAUGUCAAUGUCUCUGUGGUCGGCAGAACUACCAUUGCUGGAGGCAGAGCUGGAGGUUUUGGUGCCGGCAGUGGCAUGGGAGGAGGAGUGUGCACAGUUGGAGGAGGAAGCAUCAUCGGGGGCAGCUGUGGGGUGGGAGGAGGAGUGUACAGUGGGGGCUUCUCCUCCGGGAGUGGGAGGAUGUGUGGCUCCGGAGGUGCCACCUUCAUUCCUGCGGGAGCGUCCUCAGUCCGGAGAUGUGUCACCACCACAACGGUGAAAUCUUCGGGCGUGAAGUACUGAGCCCCGAACUCAGUACCGCCAAGGAAAGAAGCAUC